UAAGCUCUCAGCCGGCAGGUAGCGACACUCCACCAUGGCCAUGUUCAGUGCUCAGACAGUCAAGCGACAGAAGACAUCCGCCUCCACUCUAAGAGAUGCCUCCGCCCGAACCAAUGUCACGGAGACCAACGAGUUCUUUCCAGGACUCGCUAAGGUGGAGUAUAAGCCUGAUGGGAGUAUUGAUGACACCCUCAGUUAUCGGUACUUCAACAGCUCCGAGCGUAUCCACGGAAGGCCCAUGGAGGACUGGUUGAGACCCUCCAUCUCCUUCUGGCAAGCAUUCCACUUCACGGGCUCCCAGGGUCAAGGUAUAGGGUGGAACGAACCAAACUUCACGCGCUCCUGGGAAGAUGGAACACACUCGCUCGACAGCUACAAGAGGAGACUAAGAGCUGCAUUUGAAUUUUACAACAAAUUGGGAGUGAAAUAUUGGACGGUCUGGGAUCGGGACUUGGCCCCAGAAGGUGACACUCUGGAAGAGACCAAUCAUAAUUUGGACGAGAGCGUGGAGUUUGUAAACGAGUUGCAGCAUCGACAUGGAAUCAAACCUUUGUGGUUUGCAGCUAAUCUCCAUUACAACUCAAGGUACAAUAACGGUGCGCUGACAAGCUCUGAAGCGCAGGUGAUCAGUUACGCUGGCGCGCAGAUAAAGAAGGCACUGGAAGUGGCUCAUAAGCUUGGCGCUGAGAGCUUCCUUUUCCGUGGCGUCAAAGAGGGCUACAGCUCAACGUUGAAUACCGACCACACACGGCAGUUGCGCAACUACGCACGUCUUCUCAAAAUGGCUGCUGACUACAAAGAGAGACUAGGCUAUCGGGGCCAGUUGUUGUUUGAGCCGAACUACGAAGACUUCUACACCAACUAUCCGGCUGGCCAGGCCCACUACUACGGUGACCAAAAAACAUACUACCACUACGACUAUGACACCACCAGUGCCAUCUGCUUCCUCAAGCAGUACGGACUUGACCGCCAAUUCAAAAUAAGCUCCAAGCCAGGCCACCAGCUCAUCUUGGCUUCUGCAUAUGGUAUGCUUGGGUCUGUUGAUGCAACAUCCAUCACUUCUCCUCCUCCACUGUCAGAGACCACUGAGCUCAUCAAAGCUGUCAUUGAGAACGGAGGCUUACAACCAGGAGGAAUCAACAUUGGUGUGAAACUGAGGCCAGACUCACUAGACCUGAAGGACUUGGCCGUGUCCUAUGUAGCUACUAUUGAUGCAUUCGGCAAGGCCUUGCGGAUUGCUACAAAGAUCAUUGCAGAUGGGGUUUUCAUCAAAAACUUACAGCAACGCUACCUGAGCUUCCAUUCCGGUUUCGGCAGCCGAUUCAUGAACGGGGAGGCCAGCUUGGAGGAGUGUGAGGAACACACUCGAAAGCAGAACGGAGACGCCAGUUACGCUUCUGGCCGCUCGGAGCACUGGCAGGCUCUGUUCCACCGUUACACUCAGAACUGAACAACCAGUCAGUCUUUUACACUCUCUCCGAAAUAAGAUUGACCUUCUUCUCCUCUUCUUCACUUUGAAAUUUAACAUUGCAAGAUUGUAGGCUCAGAAAUUUAGGAGUUUUAGUUGUGUUGGGUUUAUAAGUAUCAAAUUUUGUUGUGGUUUGUUGUUGUUGGUGAUGGAUAGUUGGAAAAGACAAUGGUGUUGUUAAAAUGACAAUAUCCUCACAACAAUUCUAUUAUACUAUCCAUUAUCCUGUCUAAACCUCUCCUAUGUCAUAGGAACUCAAGAUAUACUAGAAAAGAUUUAAUUAAUAAUUAAAAGAUAUACUAGAGCUUUAAUUUUCAGGGAUUAGAAAUAGAAUAUUAUUACUAUUAAGUUUUGAUUCUAACAUAAAAGUUAGGGCUGCUGGUGUGGAAUGUGGCGGUCAUACCAUUCUCAUUUGUUAUUUAAUCCGCUGUGAUAGUAUUCACAUAAUUUUGUUUGUUUUAAAACUCCUUUAAAAGAGCUAAGGUAACAGAGGAGUUACACAAUACCACUUUACAUAAUUAAAAAUUAUCACCUGAAGCAGGUAAAAUUAGAUAUGGUCUUAGAAACAUAUUUACACACCCCACCAGUAGCUCUAUAAUGACUAGUAAUAGAAUAUUUAACUAUAUCUUUUUAAUUUUGUCUUUUUUUAUCAAAAGAAAACCAUUCACUUUAAAAAAACUUUGUUCCAAUAGAAAAAAACAUUGAUUUUUGUUUAAAGUUGUUUGGUUUGUUCCAUUUAUUUUUAGUUUCUUAAAAUAUGAGAUACAAAAUAACAGAAAAGUUGUAUCUUUAUUAAUCAUGAUAUUAACAUUAUAUUUUAAUAUUAUUAGUAUUUAUUUUCCUGUUUUUUAUUUACUAUCUACAUUAAUAAAAAUCAUAAAAUUGUAUUAUAUGUAACUUGUAAUUACUAAGUACUACAAUACUCAUAAAUUAUUGAGAUUAAAUUAAAUUUUAUUUUAUUUAUUUUAUUUUAUUUAUACUCAUGAAUUAAAUGAUUUGAGAUACUAAGGAAAUUUGAAAUUUCCUUAGUCGUGUUACGAGAAAUAUAUUUUAUUUAAUUAAUUAAAUAAUUAAACAUAUUUAACAAUGUGAUUUGCAAAUAAUUAAUUAUCACUUCUUAACUAUGGUAAAUAAAAUAUGAAUUUGAUUUGUUUAGUUUAAUAAGUUUUUAUGUGUUGUUAGUUUUUAAGAACUUAGAUUUUCUCGACAUUAAUUUUUGAUCUCAAAUAAAGUGUGUUUAGUUUGUCUAUUCAUGUUUCAUAGAGGCCGCCAAGCACAAUUUAAAUUUAUUUUAGUCUUUGUGUUGAUUAGUUAACCACUGGACUAGUCAUAUUAAUGUAAAUCUGGAAGUGUGGAUUCUUUGUGCCAUGUUUUAAUAGUUAGGCUAGAAUAUCUUCCAAAGAUUAGAUUUUUAAGAAGUCAUAUAGUUAUUAUUUCUACCAGAUUAUAAUGCCAUGAGCAGUGUUUAAUAUCUGAAACAAAAUUAAAUUCACAGCAACAUUUGACUUUUCUAGGUGUUUUGAUCUUAUAAAAAGUACCCAAGCUGUGAUUUGGCCAUCUAAUAAUAAUUAAUGAUUAAAUACGAGAGGCUAUAUAGUGUUGUAAUCAAGAGAUUAUAUUUCACGUACUUAGUUGUAACACUAUUUUCUUGUACAUUGUUGUCUUCACAUUUUGAGAAAUAUGAAAAUUUCUCAAAAUUGUAUUCAAACAAAUAUAAUGAAUACAUUAUAAUAAAAUUAAGUUAAUACAAUAUAUCAAAGUUUCCAUAAUGAAAAGAAUAUUAAAUUAUGCAAAUAAAUAUUGAUUAAGUGUUAAAUGAUAUAUGAAUUAACUUAUUAUAAUUUUUGAAUAAUUUAAUUAGUGUAGUAUUUUAAAUCUGUAUUAAAUUUUGAUGAAAAGUUUUAACUAGUACCUUAAUUAUAUUAUUACAAAUUUUAAAUGAUAUUUAAAUUGCUUUAGUAAAAACUGAAGUAAUUUGUGCCUUAUCUAUGAAUACAAGUAAUUAUUCUCAAAAGAUCAACUGAAAGGAUCAUAUCUGACAUUUUCUUGAAUGAUUAAAUGUAAUAUUUGUAUUUACUUUAAAUAAAUACUGUUUAAAUAUUACUUAACAAUAUUUUAUUCAACAGUUGCAUAGAACACUUUUAUGUCUUAUGUCUAGUAAUUAAAUUGUAUCGACUAAUAUUUAUAUAAAUUAUAUUUUUAAUUAUUUAAUUACCAAUAGCUGGAUUAUGUGUGAUCUCCAGUUUAUACAAUUUCUUGUGUAUUUUAACUGAAUAUUAUGCCACUUCACUAAACUGUCUAGUUUUCUACAUCAGAGAACUAAAAUUAAUUUUAGUGAAUUGCUGUUCCCGAUGUCUGGGUAUUUUUCUCUAUUGUUUAAAAAUGUAUUAUUAACUAAAUUUAUUUUUCCUUAAGUUUUUUUAUUAAAUAAUAAUAAAAUGUUGUA